AUGGGCAAGGCUGACCCGCCGCCUCCACUGCGCCCGGCGGAGCUCGCGACCGUGGCUGGCGGAGCCGCGGCUGGAGGAGCCAUGGCUGGCGGAGCCCGCGCGCGCAAUGAGCUGGACAAGAUCAUCUUCACCGGCGACGAGAUCCACUUCGGCUUCGACUACACCUUCUCGGCUUCCACCCCCACCGCCUUCGCCUCCAAACAAUCAGGCCGCCCCUACCCGCUCUCCGCCGCCGUCUUCCUCGCGCCGCACCACAACCUCAAGCACACUGACUUCAUCCAGGCCACGCGCCUCCGCUGCAUCCCGUACGUCUCCCUUCCCGACCGCAAGACCUUCCUCGACUUCCUCCGCUUUGGCCACAACUCGCCCCCCUCCGCCUUCUAG